UGCAAGAAUCAGCACAUUUUUCAAGUCAGUUUAAAGUAAUUGAAGUUGAAAUGACUUAAACAUCCAAGUUGAUUGUACUUGCAACUUUUUUAGAGUGUAUUUCCUCUUAAGAAGGUAUUCACCAGGACAGUUUAACUUAAUGUGAAAAUGUACCAUGUGGUUCCACGUGUGUGUGAGAACCUUGUGAUGCCAUCUUAAACUACUAAUCAGAGAUUUCAGAUAACUUUGAGGUUCAGACCUCCUACAUAAACAGGAACUUCUCCGUGUAUAAAACCAACUUGAUGCCCUUCACUGCCACAGAUGUCAACUUUCACGCUAUUAUGUAAUAUGUCUCCAAUGCUUCAGAAUAAAUUUGUUGCAUGCUGGAUUAUGUGUUGAAACGUGGAAGUGUGUGUACAUACAAUCCUUUACAAGAAUGAUGAACCGCACUGGAAUGAUCUGCAUUUUCUUGGCUUUUUUAGUGGAAAUAAAUGGCAGUUCACAGGCUCUGACAAAGGGGCUCAUCUGUGUGACAGAUUACUGGAAAAACAUCAGCUGCUUUUUAAAUCUAACAGUCACACCCACUAGAAACACAUCAUACUGGUUGGAAUUUAAAAGGCCGAACGAGACGUAUAGAUGCCCACUCCAGAGAGCAGGUGAAGAUCACACCUGCAAUUUCACAGUAGUUAAAAUGGUUGAUUAUUAUGUUUAUAAUGUGACGCUUCAUUAUUUGGAAAACGGCAGUAAUUAUUCAUCUCUGUUGGAUGAUAAUUUUAGUCCAGCAAAAAACAUUAAGCCAAACGCCCCAUUUAAUCUGACGUUACAGUAUGUAAAUGGGACGUAUCGUUUCUUUUGGAAGAAUGGAUACGAAGGUCAUAGGUUCCAAAAGUUUCUACCCAUCAUGUACCAAUUCCUGUACUACAAAGAUGCAGAAAAUGACAGCGAGUUCACUGUUCAUCCAAGCACUGCGAUGAUUGAGAUUGAUGAAAUGAAGCUUGAUCCUGGAACUAUGUACACUGCUAUGGUGAGGAAUGCGAUAAGUAAGACACACAAAUACAGUGGAACGUGGAGCGACUGGAGCAGCACAGUCAAGUGGAAUACGCCAUACAGAGUACAAGAUGAGUCCAUUCAAGUCAGAAAGAUUGCCAUUGGAAUAUUUUUAAUACUGGGACUUCUAAUUCUGCUUCUAUCUUUUCCUGCUGCAAGAUUCAAGAUGAAAGAAAUUUCAUUGGUGCCGACACCAGCAACGUACUUCCAGCCUCUUUAUCAAAAUUACCAGGGCAAUUUUCAGUGUUGGGUUUUGGCAAAAAGUCCUUUACAAGACAUUCACGUUAUAGAAGACUUUUCAACAGUCGACAAGAUUUCCGAGGUCAUAUCUACACUACAGGAUCAGGUAGAGAAAACGGGCAUGUAUCCCGCAGCACAGUGCCAUCAACCCUAUGUGGGCCCCACAGCUGAGGUCUGGGCCCCACGCCAAAUGCCCGAUACGUGCAGUGAGACGAGUAUCCCGUGUGAGGAAUUGUCUUUGUUAUGUGAAGUGUUGCCAGAUGAAGUGGACGACUUCAUGCAGUCCCUCAGCGUGGCGUGUCUGAGUGGAGAUGUUCUGUCUCUGAAUGACUCUGCUCUUAGUCUUGAGAGCCUUGAGGACUUUGAGGCCUCUGAAGCACCAGUUAUCAUUAACCCAACGCCUAUGCAUUCGAAACAGGACUACUGCACUCUCACCGACAUUCCCAUAAGCCCCGUCCCCACCAUCGCCAGAGAUAUAGAGCUGGAUGAAAACUCCUUCAGGGAUUAAAUGCAUGAAGACAUCUGUAGUAGACUAUGACAUGUGGUCAUUCUGAAGUGACAUUUAAUGCAUUUAUUCACUUUUUGAAGUAUAGAAUUUAUGUUAUAAAACAAGCUCUUUUCAAAUAAUGUUAUCAAGUUCAAAUAAUGUUACCAAGUUGUCCAUGCUAAGAGGUGUAAAAGUAGCUCAAAUGAGGUUUGAGGUUUUGUGUGCAGUGAUGUGAUUCUUCAGAUUCUGUUUCAUUAGUGCUGAAUAUAUUUCUAUUUGUGAUAUUUAUACAUUUUGUGCAUUUCAUGUGGAAAAGCACACUAACACUUAAAGCAAUUUCACCUAGAAGAAUAGAUGAUAUUUAGCAAUGCACACAUGAAUUCAGUCUAAUUCAAGGUUAUUGAAAAAAAAUAUAUCACAAUAUGUAAAGAGUGUGAUUUUUUUUUUUGAAUGACUUAUAACUGAAUCUGUAUCAUUAAUUUAAUUUUCCAGCAGAAAAAUGACCCUAUACACUUAACAUGGGGGAAUUAGGAGUGUGUGUGUAUAUGUGUAUAUCUAUCCCAUUUUUUGAUCUGUUCUGUUCAUUUUUGAGUUUCUUUGUUAAUCUCAGGCUGUUAAAUUAGUUCCAUUCUCUUCCUGUUUAUUUCUAUGGUUUCUAAUUGAUUGUGUUAGUUUCAGUUCAGGUGUGUUUCAUUAAUGAUCUAGUUAGUUUUGCCCUUUGUCUGCUGUGUAUUUAAUCUCUCAGUUUGAGUCUGUGCUGGCUAUGGUAGGCUGUUAGUCGUUAAGUUGUUGUUUAAGUUGUGUAACUCCUAGGAAUCGCUUUAUUUUGGUUGGUGUAUUAAAAAUAACAUUCUUUGGAUCUUGA